AUAUCUCACUAGCCACCAUGCCUUGCGCCAAUUGGGUAAAGGGGUGGAAGGUGACACCAGGUACACCUGCUCCUACCAAUAUAACAGAGCUGGAGCAGGCUGCUAACAAAAUCAUACAGGUCAUUAACUCUGCAUAUACGGAGGCAUGCCCUGAAAAAAUACUACGCCAGAAUCGACAUCAUUGGUGGAACAGAGCUCUGGCUAGUGCGAGGAAAAGGGUCAGAGUCUUACACAAGAAAGCCCUGCAGGAGAACUCUGAACUGUCUUGGAGAGAAUAUCUCUCCAAGAAAAAAGAAUACAAAAAAGAGUUGAGGAAAACCAAACGAAAGGCCUGGAGGGAAUAUUGUCUGAAGACAGAGAAUAUUAAGGAAAGUGCUCGAAUUUUUAAACUUUUGGAAAAGGAUUAUAUUAAUCCACUAGGUCUAUUGCAGGACGAAAACGGGGUGUACUGCACAACAAGCGAGGAGACACUGAACCUAAUGGCAAGGGCCCACUUCCCAAGUUCAGGCUCCUCCGACACCCAAACCAUGAAUAAUACACCUAUGCCGAAUUGGAGGAAGGCAUAUGAAGUGAUCUCUUGGGACGCAUACAAAUGGGCGGUAUGGUCNUAUUCUCUAACUCUAGGAGGGGAAUAA